GGAGAAGGAGGAGUGCACUGGCCGGGAUCGCUGCGGCGCACACGCUCACUCAGUCACUCUCUCCGAGCGCGUCUCGCUCGCUCACACACACGCCGGGAGCUCCGGACGCGCACACUCCCGAGCGCCGCGGAAAAGUUGAUACGGCUCUCGCUCCGGACUUCUGGCGUUGGGAAGGGCAUUUGACCUGCCUUCUGUCGAACCUGCGGAAUCCUGUCCUCGCGGCUGGAAACCUCGAGAACGCCGGCCACCGAGACUGUCCGCAGCCUCGACAACAAUAGCGGCGGCCGACCCCAGCGAGGCGCCCCGAGCCGGAGCCCGCGGGGAUCUGGGGACCGGAGCCGGCCUCUGAUCCCCGGACGCGUGGCCUGUGUGGUCCCCGCGUGCAACCGGAGCUCCCGGGAGCGGCUCUUGCUUUGCUCCCCGUGGGGGCCGAGCCCAGCUCCGUCUUAAGCUCCCCCUCGUGGGCUGGAAUAAGUCGCAGCGCCUUCCCGCGCGGAUCCCAGGACGUACAAAGCCGGGACCGUCCCGUCCCGGGAUGCGGGUCGGUCCCGUGCGCUCUGCCAUGAGUGGCGCCUCGCAGCCCCGCGGCCCGACCUUGCUGCUCCCGGCCGCCCGGGGCGCCCCGGCCAAGCGCCUACUGGACGCGGACGACGCCGCGGCCGUGGCGGCCAAGUGCCCGCGCCUUUCCGAGUGCUCCAGCCCCCCGGACUACCUCAGCCCCCCCGGCUCUCCCUGCAGUCCGCAGCCUCCUCCCGCCGCGCCCGGCUCCGGCGACGGCUCGGGGAGCUCGCCGGGGCCCAGCCGAAUCGCCGACUACCUGCUGCUGCCCCUGACCGAGCGCGAGCAUGUGUCCCGGGCGCUGUGCAUCCACACGGGCCGCGAGCUGCGCUGCAAGGUCUUUCCCAUAAAACACUACCAGGACAAAAUCAGGCCUUACAUCCAGCUGCCGUCACACAGGAACAUCACCGGCAUCGUGGAAGUGAUCCUUGGGGAAACCAAGGCCUACGUCUUCUUCGAGAAGGACUUUGGGGACAUGCACUCCUACGUGCGAAGCCGGAAGAGGCUGCGGGAAGAGGAGGCUUCCCGGCUCUUCAAGCAGAUCGUCUCUGCCGUGGCCCACUGUCACCAGUCGGCCAUCGUGUUGGGGGACCUGAAGCUUAGGAAAUUCGUCUUCUCCACGGAGGAGAGAACCCAGCUCAGACUGGAGAGCCUGGAAGAUACACACAUAAUCAAGGGGGAAGACGAUGCUCUGUCAGACAAGCACGGCUGCCCUGCCUACGUGAGCCCCGAGAUUCUGAACACCACGGGGACCUACUCCGGCAAGGCGGCGGACGUCUGGAGCCUCGGGGUGAUGCUCUACACCCUCUUGGUGGGACGAUACCCCUUCCAUGACUCAGACCCCAGUGCCCUUUUCUCCAAAAUCCGCCGUGGACAGUUCUGCAUUCCUGACCACAUCUCCCCCAAAGCCAGGUGCCUCAUCCGCAGCCUCCUGAGGCGGGAGCCCUCGGAGAGACUCACCGCCCCGGAGAUCUUACUCCACCCCUGGUUCGAGUCCGUCCUGGAACCUGGGUACGUCGACUCAGAAAUGGGAACUUCAGACCAGAUCGUCCCAGAGUACCAGGAGGACAGCGACGUUAGUUCCUUCUUCUGCUAAUCCCAGAAACCUCAGAAACCUCAGAAUUCUCACACAUGGCAUUUCCAUUUCCAAAGAUGGACAGGCCCUUCGACGCGGUGCCAGCCAGGCCUGCGAUGGCGUAAAGACUGUCGCCCCCCGGACUGCUGUGUGGAGUGACGUGGUGGGUGUGAGCAGCGUGCACGCUGCCUGGCUGCCCUGCAACGCCGUUGCCCUUUCAGCGAGCCCUCGCCGACUACCCCUGUGUCAGAUCCGGGGGUCUGCAUCUCUUACCGGUGGCAAAGAGUAUACAUCCUACAGCACGUACCCAAGUGACAUGAACAGAAGGGAGAGGAAGUGGAUCGCACAAUGGCAUUUGGGGCAAUAACCCACUUGGGGUGACAAGUAAUUUGGGCCAAUACACCUGCCAUCUUUGAACUUGUCUUCGGUAGCUAGACUUUCGCUAUCUCAGCUUCUCUGAUUGGAGAGUUCUUUUUGGCGGGGGAGGGGGGAGUUUGGUUUAACACUCACCCUUCCUUCACACACAUUUGGCAAUGACUGCUCCGCUGUGGGGUGGACUGUUUUAGCACAGGAGCCUGCCUGCACCAUGAACCCAGACUCUCUCCUCUGUUUCCUGCCAAGAUCUCAUUUGCACUAAUGCCUUCUUUCUGACCUUGACUCAUCUCCCACUUCACUCUAAAACAAGCAUGUUAACCAUGCGGCCCGCCGGCCACAAGUUUGACACGCUUGCUCUAAAAGCACCAGCUAACGGUGGAGAAGUGCCACAAGCGAUUCGAACACCUGGCUCCGCCAGAACUCUGAGCUCAGAGGCACUGCAGAUGGUUUUCAAUGAUUUGAGCACUUGGAAACCGUUAGAUUUUUUUGGUUCCUCUCAAAUAUAUGUUAACUAUCUUUUACUUUUCCCCCAACACCAUCUCAGGGUGGAGUGUUUUGUCUAAGAGGAGAAAGAUACGGAGUCUCUCCACUCCUCUCUCCCAAGAGCAAACGUUAAACUUCAGAGAAAGUGAAUUUUGGACGGUUCUCAGACCAAGUCCCAGAAUUACACUUUAACCCCCUUUCCCUCCCCCUCCAUGGAUAUGGUCUGCCCUUGGCAUUGUGUGUGUCUGCAGUUUUGCAUGAUGGGUUGUUGAUAUUUCAAAUGUGGUGUGGUUCAUGAAUACAUCUGUAUACUCCGCAUCUGGAGGAAAUAGCAAACCCCAAAUCUUCAAAGUCGGGAGGGACUUUAGAAGUCAUCUGGUCCUACUUCUCUUUCUGCCACCUCCCAAUGCAGAAAUCCCCCCUCCUGCUUCUUUUACAGCCGGGAAUCCAAGUCUCUGUUUGAAUGCUUCCAGAGAUGGGAACUCACUCCCUAGAGCUUAACAGAGAAACUGCGACUUGCAUUAAAAAACAAGUACAGAUGAAAUACCAGUCAGUGUCUUGGACAGGACUGAAAUCAGGUGGUUAAACGGGUAAACCAAACAUACUGUAUCUUGAGAAAUGGCACAAAAACAGGCAGUCAUCUUUAAGGGCUACGCCUAGGCAAACUACUAACAUGCAUUGUUAAGAAUGCCGUGUAUACCUCAUGUACUGUGUACUUUGUACAUAUAUUUUACCUUUUAUACAUAUGUUCGAUAUUUUUUGUUGUUGUUUUGGCUCUGAGGCUUGUUUUGUUGUCUGUGUCUGUCUGAAUAACCUGCGUGUCUAAAACCACGUGAAAUGUGAAUGAUUAUUGGCAAUAUUACCUUGACAGAAUCAUGGGACUCGGAGAAGAGGGAGGACAGAGGCCUCUGUCGCACUAACGCUCUCGUGGUUGCUCGACUGUUGUAUCUGUGAUACAUUACCCGGCUGAGGACUCUGGCCGGGCUGGCUGGGGCUUCUGCCCGGAAAGCUAGAAACACUAGAUCCUUCCUGUACAUGUGUAUAUAUGUGAACAGUGAGACGGCUGUUUUUGACUUGUAGAGAAAUUUUAAUAAAUCUGGUUUCGUAAGU